GCAAAAGUAGCGGUUUUUUGAAACUCAAAAGGUUCUGAAUGCUAAAUUUUAAUAUUUCGUCUUCGUCGGUAAAAUGGGCAUCUACUGCUCACUUUGUUCGCCACUCUCACCUGGAGUUGCAGGCUGCUUACGUUCCCAGUUUUUGUUUGCAUUGCCGGGAUUAUAACUUGUAGCCCUUGAGGCAUGAUCUUUGCAUUCACAUAUCUCCUUCAGAGGGAUCCCUUCUCUUAAAAUGCUUCAAUCUCUGUAUAAAUGCCAAAGAAACUUGUGUACAAAGAUCAGGAAAAGUAGCCUCUUUGUGCAGUCUGUGUCAACUAGCUGUGGCAGCAACACCUCAACUGAUGAGAGCAAGUUGGUUAUUAAUUUGUGUCACAGGAGGUCGCAUGGUUUAUCAGAAGAAACUCUCAUUAGUGAAGCAAAACUACUCCAAUUAGACACGCAUACAUGUUCAAAAGUUUCAGCUGUACCUGAAUUCUUCCAAAACCAUGGGUUUUCUGCAACCCAAGUGAAGAAAAUAAUUAGACUACGCCCUAAACUACUAGCAUCAGGGGUGGACGAAACCCUAAAGCCCAAGUUGCAGUUCUUGCAAUCAAUUGGCUUUUCUGAAGAUGAAUGCAGAAAGAUUAUCUGUCGUAACCCCAACAUACUCCUCUGUAGCAUAAGGAAACUACUGACUCCAUCCUUUAAUUCCCUGAAAACUUUCAUGGGUAGUAAAGUGAAAGCAAUGGCUGCCAUCAAGCGAAGUCCACAAAUCCUUAAUAUGAAGAUCUCUCAUAGUUUGAAGCAGACUAUACAGGUAUUGCACCAAAUUGGUAUUCCUGAUUCUCAAGUUUCAGAGUUUAUUUUCAAAUCUCCUGUUAUCUUGACCAUAAAUCCCCAAAAGAUGAGUGAGGUUGGCUUGAGACUCAAGGAAAUGGGGUUUGAUGUUACUUCUACAGCAUUUAGGACGGCUUUUGCUGCAAUGUCUAUACUUAGGCAUUCCAAACUCGAAAGGAAAUUGGAAACCUACAGAAGUAUAGGCUUUUCAGAUGUCGAGAUCCUUAAUAUUUUCAGAUCGCAGCCGACUUGCAUGUUCUAUAGUGAGGAAAAUAUCAGGGCAAUUGUGGCAUUCUAUGUUGACAGACUCCAUUUUAGCCCGUCACACUUGUCACAAAGACCAGCUUUUCUAUUGUGUAGUGUGGAGAGGAGGCUUAUUCCAAGGUGUUCUGUGAUGCAAGUUUUGUGGUCAAGAGGCAUUAUUUCAGAAGUUGGCAAGCUAUCCUCGAUAUUAAUGACUAUGGAAAAGGACUUCUUACCCAAGUAUGUUACUAAAUAUGAAGCAAAAGUUCCUGAACUGCUGGCUGCCUACCGCGGUGAACUUAAGUUCAAAGAGUACAGUUUUCAUUUGCAUGAAAUUCGUCAGAUUUCAAUGUCAAGGGGAUCAUCUUCAAAAACUAAAGUAGCUUAGUGUUUGCACCAUAUGAUGUCCCAUAUCUCUUUGGUUUUCUUGUUUAGCACCAUUUACUGUCAGAAGCUUUCUUUUUGAACCAUUUCACAAUCUUGGUAAAUGUAAUGCUAUUUCUACUUCUUGUU